UUUAUGAGCCAUUAUUUUUUUGUUAAAUCUAAAUUUUUUAACUAAUGUUGGUCGAUAUAUUGCUUAUUAUCUGAACACAAAUGCAAAGUUUCGAAAGUAUUUAUCGUUUCCUACAGUUAAUAAAGAAUAAUAUGUGAUUGAUUAUAAUUUUUCCCAGGAUUAGAGAGUAAUGUUGUCAACAGCAACUUUCUAAGGUUUUUACUAAGUUAUUUGGUAUUUUGUGAAACUAAAACAUAUAAACAUGGGUGGCUGUCGGUGUUCCUAUCGAAACUGCGCUGUUAAAUCUGAUGGAAAAACUCAUAUGUUCCAUUAUCCAGUAUUUGAUAAAGUAAGGUGCCAUCAAUGGAUUGUGAAUGCACGUCGUCUUGAUUUUCUCGACUUGAAAGUGUCUCAAGUUAAAAACAGAGUCAUAUGUCAACAUCACUUCAAAGAUGAAUAUUUUAUGAAUUUUACGAAAGGUAAACUUACCUUUGACGCUGUGCCUAGUGAGGAUGGGCCAUAUUGUGAUAUAAGCAAAUUGAUUGAAAACCCACAUGAUUUUUCUAAACUAUACCCAAUUGUUGUUGAAGAUAUAGAAAAUGAUGUAUGCCCAUUGGAUAAUAAGAAAGCUAAUUUUUCACUGAAGUAUUCAGAUUUCUUAACAAACUCCGAGACACCCGAAUCAUCAUUCUUAAAAACUGAAGAUGACAAAUUAAAGAUAACACAAUGUACUGAUUUAGCUGACAUUAAUUUUAUAUUAGGAAAUAACUUAGAUGAGAAGUUAAGUAACAUUAGUAUUAGUCAAGUUUUAGAUAAUGUGGAUUUAUUCAAUGAUAAAUUAACUGCAAUCAAGAGUAACACAAGAAAUUUCCAACAAGCAUAUCCAGUGCUUAUUGUGCCUCCAUUCUCUCAAAUAACUAAUUCUGGAACUAUCAAGAACAAUGAACAUCCCGAAAUUAUUAUGUGUUCAACUAAUAAUAAUGUUAAAAACAUUUCAAAUACAUCUAAAAUAAGACCAAAAGUAAGGAUAAUAUCAGAGAAGAAAAUAACAGAACCUGUGUCACUAAAGGGUCACUUUAAAUCUAUAUCCCCAUCCAUUGUGGUCAAUCCAGGUUUGAAUCAAGAUGUACAACAAACAAAUGAUGUUACAAUGAUGCAAAUGGUCCCUGAUAAUGUUUCCUUAAAUCAAACAAAACCAGUCAAUUUGAUUGAAAUUGAUGUAAAUAUGCAUGAACCUAUAAUAUUACAAAAUCAAACUCCAUUGCCUGAACAACCAACACAAAAUAUAACACCACAAAAUAACACAUUAAAUGAAAAUUCUACUAAAAGUGUUGAAAAUUCAAAGUCGCUACUAAAAAAGAAAACUCCCUCAAAAAGAAUAGCAGCUAUACAAGAAAAAAGAAGCUUUAAUAAAAAGUUGAAGAAAGAUCAACAAUCACAGAGUGUACAAAUGGAAGAAUCUAAGUCCGUGGAAGUAAAACAGAUUGAAAGUGAAAAGUCCCAAGAAAAAGUUCAAAUACCUAAAAUGGAUACAGCACAAAAUGGCGAUUAUUUAUCUCGCCUCGAAGCUAGAAUGUCAAGAAUGGAAAAUCUAUUAUUAAAUAAAAUAGAUCAAAACUCACAGAAAAUAAUCGACCUAAAACAAACUUUCAGAACAUCAACACAAAAGAAUAAAAACAUUUCUACACAAACAAAUGAAAAUGAUGCAGUUUAUAAGAAAUAUUUAUUCAGGGAAAUAUCUGAAUAUUUAAGUUCAGAAACCAAAAAUCUUCUUUAUGAGGAACUAUUUAUUAAUGAUCAGUUUACACAAAAACCAAAUUUGAGAUCAAGAGUUAAACAGAGAAGGUAUAGAUAACACAGCGUAUUUUGAAUAAUAAAAUAACUUUGAAACU